AUCUUCUGCUGCCAGGCCUGGAGGAUGAAGACUGAAGAGGCUCCCUCUUGUCUGCAGCAGGCCAUGCCAGUCUUGGGCUAUGGCUCGGAAUCGAAAAUGCGGGAGGUUUGUGCUGGUUGCAACACCCCAAUCUCAGAUCGCUUCCUGCUGCGGGUGAAUGAGCGCUCCUGGCAUGAGGGCUGUGUGAAGUGUGCUGCUUGCCUCCAGCCUCUCUCAGGCACAUGCUAUUGUCGCAACAGGCAACUCUACUGUAAGCAUGACUAUGAAAAGCUGUUCCAGACCAAAUGCAGUGGCUGCCUCAAAGCUGUGGCUCCUUCUGAAUUCAUCAUGCGGGUGCUGGAGAACGUCUACCACGUCCACUGCUUCUCCUGCUGUGAGUGUGAGCGGCGGUUGCAGCGCGGAGAUGAGUUUGUGCUGAAGGAAGGGCAGCUGCUUUGCCGCAGCGACUAUGAGAAGGAGAGAGAAAUGCUAAGCGCCAUCAGCCCUGCACCCACUGAGUCAG